AUGGCAACCGCUGUGCCCCAUUAUAGAGUACCUGGUCGUACUUACAUGACCGAGAAAGUUGUUCCUGAUAUAUACAACAGAAUUUGGUCUAAAAUAGAGGCCAGUAUUUCGCAGGCGACAGCUGUAUCAGUGACAUCUGAUAUAUGGACAUGUCAGCACAAUAACGAGAGCUUUUUGAGCUUCACUGCGCACUGGAUAUCUCCACAGUUCAAUCUGGAACAUGGCGUUUUAGCUAUGAAACCGUUUCCCAGCUCACAUUCGGGUACCAAUAUUGCAAAAGAACUCAAUGCUAUUACAGAAAGAUGGAAUAUUCCUAAAAGUAAGAUCCAUUUACUUGUCCAUGAUAGUGGGGCUAAUAUGAUAAAAGGUGUGCGAGAUGCUGGAUACGAUUCAGGAAGGUGCUUUAUUCAUUCAUUGCAACGAGCUAUAGAGGAAUCGCUUAAAUCUCAACCAGAGGUACUACAGAUGGUAGCUGCUGCUAGACGAAUUGUUACCCAUUUUAAUCAUUCAGGCUUAGCAGAGCAGAAACUUAAAUCCAUUCAACAAGAACUUAACUUGCCUAACCACCAACUAGUACAAGAUGUGAGCACACGCUGGAAUUCUACGUAUUAUUUAAUGGAGCGAUUAUUCGAACAAAAGCGAGCUGUAUCCUUGUACAUAACAGAUCAUGAAACUUUAAAUAAUCUAACACAUGCUCAAUGGGAAUUAAUGGAUCAAUGUAUUAAACUCCUCAAACCAUUCGAAGAGAUUACAAAAAUAACCAGCUCAGGUAUUUCCUGCAUCUCUGAAGUGAUUCCACAUGCAAUUACUUUAUCAAAAUAUCUAGGAAAGGCAGAGACAGCUGAAAGAGUACCAAAUUUAGUGACAAUUAGAUCUUCACUACAAGCCGAGCUUGAAAAGCGAUUUAAUUUUGACGAGAACAACAAAUAUCUGGUGGCUACGUUUCUCGAUCCACGCUUCAAAAUAAGUUUUCUAGGUUUUGUUCAAGCAGAAAGAGCAAGACAAAAAAUUCUUCUAGAAGCUCUGAAACUGAGUUGUAAUGAUGAUGAGUCUAGUAGUACCGAUGACGAUUCUUCUCCACGUCGUAAGAAAAGAAACAUGAACGAAAAUGAUAAGACAUUUGAAACACACGACAGUUUCUGGAACUGCUUUGAGGAAGUCGCUAAAGAUAAUAUGCGAAAUAGUAAUGAUGAGAAGAACGUGGAGAAGAAUGCUGUGGCAAAUGAGAUGGAUUUGUAUUUGAAAUCAAUUCGCAUGGAUCGGAAAGCUGAUCCUUACAAGUGGUGGUCAGCAAAUGAAAACCAAUACCCUAACCUUUCGAAAUUUGCUAAAGUUUAUCUAUCUUCUCCCGGGAGUAGCGUGUAUAGUGAGAGGUUGUUUUCUGAAGCUGGUAUCAUUUAUGACGAAAAGCGUAAUCGCUUGCUACCAUCAAAUGCUGAAAAGCUUGUUUUUAUACAUCACAACUUACCGCUGAUUAAUUUUACUUAUUAA